AUGGAAGACGAUAAUAAUCCUUUUGCUCAGCCCGAUCCAUUCGCGGAUGCUUCGAUUCGACAAGCAACGGCACAAUCGCGUACAAAUCAACAAACGUUGAAUGAGUAUAAUCCAUUUACCAACGCGACCGUACCGGCUCGAACAGUUGUUCAACCGGCUGUUUUACCUUCGCCUCCUAUCCCACCACCUUCAUACGCAUCAGUAUCAACACCAAUCUCAUCACAACAACAAACAACGGCACGUGUUGAUUUUUCACAAUUAGAACGUCAACAGCAAGAUCUUGAUCGUCGUGAACAGAGAUUAAUGGAACGUGAAAGAGAAUUGAAAAAUUCAACAACAGGACGACGAGAUAAUAAUUUUCCUCCAAUUCCAAAGAUUUGUCCGUUCAGACCUUGUUUUUAUCAAGAUAUUAACGUGGAAAUACCCAAUGAAUUUCAAACGUGGGUUCGAUAUUUGUUUUAUUUAUGGAUAAUUUAUUCAGCCACCUUAGGACUGAACAUUAUUGGUGCAUUAGCUUAUUUAAUUGUUGACAAAGGUGGAGCAGUGACAUUUGGUUUAUCGAUUCUCUAUUUUGUUUUAUUUACACCGUGUUCUUAG